AUGCCCACCGUGGCCAACCAGAUCGUCGCUCGUCGCACCUUCUCCUCGACCCGCUCGCAACUCGCCAGCCCUUACCACUACCCCGAGGGCCCUCGCAGCAACUUGCCCUUCAACCCCUUGACCAAGUUCUUCGCCCUCAGAUUCUGGGGCUUCAUGGCCACUGGUUUCUUCCUUCCCUUCGGUGUCGCUGUCUGGCAGAUCAAGAAGAACCAAUAG